CCUGUCCACUUUGUCAUUUAAUGUAUUAGCCAGUCGCUUGUGAACUCUCUCACCGUCGCAUUUUGCCUCCUCGAAUCCGGAAUCCAAGGCUCCACAAGGACGCGCAGCGGCUAUUACCUUUUGCAGCUUGGCCUUGGCUGCAAAAACGUAAUCGCAGAUCGAGUCCAGGAUUUUGUCUGUUUCUAUUUGUGUCUUCACCUGGUAGAUGGCAUCGCUAACCAGAUAACUAUAUCUUCAAGGCGAGCCAGAUGAUUUAUAGCAACUCUAUUACGCUUUCCCAGUGCCAGAAUGGGCAACCUUUCUAUCGAUAUUCAAAAGCUAUUGCUUUUUUAUGUUCUUCUACUUUCUGUUAUGGUGAACAAUGCAAGAGCUCUCAGUCCUGAUGGUGAGGUUCUUGUAAGCUUUAGGACAGCCAUUGUGAAUUCAGACGGUGUCCUACUUCAGUGGAGGCCAGAGGAUCCUGAUCCUUGUGGGUGGAAAGGAGUAAAAUGUGAUUCAAAAACAAAGAGAGUUAUAUCUUUGAGCCUUCCCUAUCACAAAUUGAGUGGACCCAUAUCACCAGAUAUCGGGAAGCUGGAGCAAUUGCAGUUCCUAGCUCUUCAUAACAACAAUUUUUAUGGGACAAUUCCUCAAGAGUUGGGCAAUUGUACGAAGUUGAGAGCAUUAUAUAUGCAGGGUAACUACUUAAGUGGAUCAAUUCCUAGUGAACUGGGAAACCUGUCCAUGCUUGAAAAUCUGGAUAUUUCUAGCAACUCUCUCAGUGGAUCUAUUCCUCAAUCAAUUGGGAAGUUGUACAAACUCUUAAAUUUAAAUGUGUCAACCAAUUUUCUGAGUGGGCCAAUUCCAUCCGAGGGUAUCCUUGACAAAUUCAUGGAGAGCUCCUUUGUGGGUAAUAGUGGUUUGUGCGGGAAACAAGUCAACAAGAGAUGUGAUGGUGCCAGUAAUCCUGCAACUGACUCCACACCCUCCAUUUCAGGACAAAACCAAGGUGGAAAGAAGAAAUAUUCUGGACGACUACUUAUCAGUACAUCUGCUACUGUUGGUGCACUGCUUUUAGUUGCCUUGAUGUGUUUUUGGGGCUGUUUUCUUUACAAGAAACUUGGUAAAAAUGAUAAUAGAGGUCUUGUGAUGCAUGUUGGUGGAGGUGCAUCAAUUGUGAUGUUUCAUGGAGACUUGCCAUAUUCUUCAAAGGAUAUCAUUAAGAAAUUAGAGACUCUGAAUGAGGAGCACAUAAUUGGUUCAGGUGGGUUUGGGACAGUAUACAGGCUUGCGAUGGAUGAUGGUAAUGUAUUCGCUUUGAAAAGAAUCCUAAAGAUGAAUGAUGGGUUUGAUCGCUUUUUUGAGAGGGAGCUUGAGAUUCUUGGGAGCAUAAAGCACCGUCACCUGGUGAACCUGCGAGGGUACUGCAAUUCUUCAACAUCAAAACUUUUAAUCUACGAUUACUUAUCCGGUGGUAGCCUAGAUGAGGCUCUUCAUGAAAGAUCUGAGCAGCUAGACUGGGAUACACGGCUAAAUAUCAUCAUGGGAGCUGCAAAAGGGCUGGCCUACUUGCAUCAUGAUUGUUCCCCGCGUAUUAUACAUCGGGAUAUAAAGUCAAGUAACAUCUUGCUUGAUGGCAAUUUCGAGGCUCGAGUAUCUGACUUUGGACUAGCCAAGUUAUUGGAGGAUGAGAAAUCUCAUAUUACAACUAUUGUGGCUGGAACAUUUGGUUAUCUAGCUCCUGAAUAUAUGCAUAGCGGUAGAGCAACAGAAAAGACUGAUGUUUACAGUUUUGGGGUUCUAGUGCUUGAAAUAGUGAGUGGGAAGAGACCAACUGAUGCAUCAUACAUUGAAAAGGGCCUCAAUAUUGUUGGCUGGUUGAAUUUUCUUGUUACAGAAAAUAGACAGCGGGAGAUUGUUGAUCCUUACUGCGAAGGGUUUCAGACAGGAAGCCUUGAUGCACUGUUGUCAGUUGCCAUCCAGUGUGUGUCUUCAGUCCCAGACGAUAGACCAACCAUGCACAGAGUUGUCCAAAGACUUGAAUCUGAGGUCAUGACCCCUUGUCCAAGUGACUACUAUGAUUCCAACUCUGAGUGAAGCUUUGCGGAGACGACAAAGAAAUUUUGGGUCAGCACUGCUGUUUCCAAGUGGAAAAUCAUAGCAGUGAAAAGGGACCACAAUCUGCGAAGGCAAUCUUGUUGCUCUGUUUCGAUUCAUUCAAAAUCGAAACCCUAGUUCGCUGAUUCGUUUAUGAUUUGUUUCGAUUUGUUCAAUAUCGAAGCCCUGGUUCAUCGAUCUAUUUGAUCUUGCUUCAAUUUGUUUGAUCUCGCUUUGUUCGAUCUCGUUUAAAAUUAAAACCCUAACUUAUAUAUCUGUUUGAUCUAGCUAUUGUUCGGACAGAUUCGACUUUCUAUCGAUUUUUUGAUCGUUUAAUUUUUUGUGUGGUCAUAUUCUAAUAUGAUCUAAUCUGUUCUUCGAGCUUCUUAUAUGGCUGCGAUGGUGCCUAGUUCCUCCUCUUUGUUGAUGAGCAACACUGUUGUUGAUGACGGAUCGAGUCUAUAUUUUCUUCACCACUCAGACAGGCUUGGGCUUGUGUUGGUUUCUCAGCCAUUGACCGGACAUAAUUACACCUCUUGGAGUCGGGCUAUGACGAUUGCUUUGUUCGUGAAAAAUAGGUUAGGUUUCGUUGACGGUACCAU